AUGAAAAAAAGAAAAAUGGAACACCAUACGGAAGAACCAUCGCCGUUGGAAAUAACGGUGAAAGCGUUAGCAACGGCGAUGGUGAGGGAGGCGGUGGAGGCGACCCAGUUUAGUCAUCUAAACAUAGUCGCAGUAAGGGCGGAGUUGGGGGAGAAGACUCUGCCGGAACAAUUCAAUGCCCUAGGAUCAGUCCUAGGGCAUAGAAUUUUUUAUACGGUGGAGACUGAAGCGGCAGAGCCCUUCAUCACUUGUUGGAUAGUGAGGCCUACCCAACAUCUCUCCUCUCACGUCGCCUCCCCAACAACGAUCGCUUUCCCUCCCACAGAUCCACCGACGCCGACCUUCCAGAAUCAUAUGAACGCUCCACCAUUACCGCCCAUAGCCUCCAAAACGAACGCUCCACAACAUCGUGACGACAUCGUCCACUACAGUACCCAGAGGCGGAGUAAGCCGCCCGCAGCCUCCACCGUCGCCGCCCGUAGCCUCCACAACAUCGUGACGACAUCGUCCACAAUAGUUCCCGGAGGCGGAGUAAGCCGCCCGCAGCCUCCACCGUCGCCGCCCGCAGCAUCCACCGUCGCCGCCCGCAGCAUCCACCGUCGCCGCCCGCAGCCUCCACCGUCGCCGCCCGUAGCCUCCACAAUAUAUAUAUAUAUACGUGAACGUAGGAGUUUUAAAUAA